CGAGGUGCUCAAUUCGUGCUGGCCAGAUGUCUUCGGUGAGAAAGAGGAGAAGUGUCGGCUAGCCCGGAUCACUUUUCUCCUCUCCAUUCUCUUUUAGUGUAAUUGAUGAGCGUAAGGAGGAUACAAGAAGAAUUUUCACUUUCAGGUCUGAAAGAAGGAAAAAAAAACUGCCUGAGAAAACUGGAGGAAAAAAAGACCUGUGCUGUUGUUAUGUUUAAGGAUUAGAGACUUGUAUUUUGUGGUUUUGCGCCCUACGUAUUAUUUUUCUUUCCUAGUAAACGGGGACAGUUGGACAACUGCCUAGAAGAUCUGGUCACCUCAGUCUCAGUUGAUGCCAGAAAUCCCAGGAAAAUGGAGGAAGACUUUUUAAACAGCCUGCAAGAUGUAAAGCCCUGACUCGCCAGGAUGCAAUAAGGAUAACUGCAGUGUCUUGCCAUACAUCGACACCAUGGCUUCAUUUUACAGCUGCCUGCGAGGAAAGAACAACGAUUGCGGCAUUAUGGCUUCAGGAUCUUCAGACGCCGCCGCAGCCCCCGAAUCAUCAGAGGCAUCAGAGGAAUGCCCAGCAGGAAAAAAGAAAUCCAGGUUCCAGACGUUCAAGAACUUUUUUGCGAAGAAAAAGAGGAAGGAGGUCGCAGGUCCAGGAGCGGAGAGCGAAGUCCAGUUGAAGUCCAGUCAGUCUAUUGAAGAUGUAAACACUGCUGAGUCGACUUCCUUCCACACCGACAAAGACGGUGACUCAAGUUCCAACGUCAAUGUGGGAGGCAAGGCCUUGUCACAGGACAGUGUCUUCACCUCUGAUCCACCUUCUCCUGAGACGAACGAACCUCUCCAGUCAUCACACGACAGCAUUCACGGCAAAGUGAAAUCCCUGCAGAUGCAGCUGAAGCAGGCGAUCCGACUCGGCUCUCCUCCAGCGGUGAUUUCCAUGAAGAAGAGUGAGGACGGCGGGGUGGUUUCGGAGGAUGACGGUUUGCCCUGCAGUCCCCCGGAGUACUCAGUCCACAGCGUGCUCACAACUUCCUCUCAGAGGUCUUCAGGAGUGGUCCAGAGAAGUGGCUCCCUUAGCCUGGAGGGAUCAGACAGUGAUGAUGAGCAGAUGUCUGGGGCUUCAUCGAGACCAAGUACCCCACAGACAUCCAUUCCUGUGGACUUCAGUGAGCCAGCCAGCUCCCUCUCCUGCCUGGACAGUUCUGCUGCCCAUCACCGCAUUGCUGUCAAGUCCAGAGCCUGUGCUAAAAGAAAACCUGCCAGUAGGGAGAUGUUACAACCCAAGAGAAGAGACCUGAGAGAAAGAGUACUACUUCGAGACACAGAGGACAAACUGAGAGCUGCAAGAACAAGCACAGAAGAAGAGGAGAGUAAAGAUAAUGUUCCAGAAGAGAUCUGCGAAGUCCAAGAGGAAUUUCCAAAAAGCCCAUCAGUGUUAGAACAGGAUGAGGAGGAGCUGCCAGUGUCUUCUCAAAGUCAAAGAUCAUCUACAAUAACUUCCAGCUCUGCUGAGGCUUCUGAUGAUGAUGAUGAUAAUGUUGAUGAUGAAUGUGUCCCUGAUGAGGAUCACGGCCUCAGCUCUAUGAUCCUAGAAACCUCCUUUGAGAAUCCAGUAAGACUGGAGCUCCAGACUGAAGACUUCCUGCUGGAUGGAGGAUGUGAGGUUGUCACUGAAGAGCAGGGUUCCCUGCUAGAGGAAGUGCUGAGUUCCCUGAAGGGCCCCCUUGUGUCGAGGCUGGUGCUGGAGUCCGAGGCUACAGUUGAGCCGAUGGAGGUUGAAGACACAGCUGGCGAAGAUGGCCUAGAUAACCCAGAUGUGGACAGCGCAACAGAACAACCCGACUUCACAGAUCCGUCCUCCGUCCUAGACGACCAAGUACCAGUUGAAAAGACUCUUUCUGAAUCUGUCACACUUUUACAAGAGGUAGAGCAAGUUUUACAGGAAGAUGAGAAGCCAGAGUUUGCUGAUGAAGUUCCUUUUGAAGAAGAUCUGCAGUUGCGUGAGGGUAGUAUUGAGGACGAGGAGUAUCAGGUUGAACUUGAAGUUCAGGAUCAGGACAACAAUAAAGAAUUGGAGGAGGAAGUGGUUGAAGAUGGUGAGAACAUGGUCGGUUCUUGGGAAGAAGUAGUCAUGGACCAAGAGGAUGGGCCUAAAGAAAUGGAGGAAGAUAUGAUUGAAGAAGAGAAGCAAGAGUGUGAGGAAGAUGCAGAAAAUGAAGCUGAUCAGGAGAAAGAGAUCUUGGUUGAAGAUAACAAAGAGGACACAGAUGCUAAAGAAGAAGGAGGAGGAGGAGAAGAAGAAGAAACCGAAAAUGAAACCAGGGAUCAGUCCUGUCCAAUGGAAGAUAAAGAACAAGAGGUCGAAUUGGUCACAAGCAUUAAAACUGAAAGCUACCAUGAGAUUGACCAAUCAAUCAAAGAUCGUGAGCCUGAGAAUCUUUUAUCACAGGAGUAUACUGAGAAACCAUCCUUUGUAGUGAUGACUUCUCUUGAGCUCAGUUCUCCCAAGAAACUCUCAAACCAGCCCAAGGAGCUGGAGGAUGUCCCUCAAAUUCUACAGGAAGCCACUAACGAGGAGCAGUUCGUUCUGGAAGAAUGCACCGAUCAUUCUGCGGAAAGUCUCCAGAUUAAUGAUGAACAUUCAGAGGAGGUCCUUCAGGAGGAAGUGUUGUCUGAGGGUCUCCAGUCAAGCUCCUCUGAAAGUGAGGCUGCUCAAGAUUCGAUUCACGAGGUCUCGGAUGAUGAACCUGUGUUUAAGUCACCAAGCAGAGAUCUGUCCUCUGAUUCAGUGAGAGCUGAGCCAUCUCCCAGCCAAGUGGAGACUCUGAGUCUGCCCUUAUCCCCACUCCAAGCUGAUGAGGACACAACUCCAGAGAACCCUUUUGGAGUACGGCUGCGAAAGACGCCAGUUCUUCACCGCUACGCUUCUGAAGGAGAAAGCCCAACUCCUGUCACAGAGCCCAUGGAGACACAGAAGUCACCAUUCUUAGAGCAACUUUCCAGGAAACCUGCUUUGUCCAAGAAGCCCGAGGUGGUUGAUGGUGUUGUGAAGCCCAAAAGAACCUCAGAUGUAACUGGUAAAGCAUCGGUGGAAAGCUCAGAGUCUCCAAGCUGGAUCUCUUUGGCCAGGCAGAAGCAAAAAGUCUUCAAAGAGAACGUCCUUGAGGAAUCACCUGAGAGCAGGUUCCCAACCCAGGAGGAACUGAACAAGAAGAGUUUGACGGAUGAUCUGUCAGGUCCGGUUAACAAGGAUCAGCUAAAACCUGUCGCUUCACCAGUUAAAGUGUCGUGUUCUUUGGAGAUAUCCAAACCGGCCGUGGUGGAAAAGGAGAAGAGAAGCAUCAGCCACCCAGUUCCAGCUCCUCUAACCCAGGAUGAGCCUCCAUGGCUGGCCCUGGCCAAGAAGAAAGCCAAAGCCUGGAGUGAGAUGCCACAGAUUGUGCAGUAAAGACCAAGAAAGCUCCAGGCUCAACGCUCAAAGCUUCGUUUCAGGACAUUUUGCACACACGGAAACGAACUUAUCCAGUACCUGCGAUGUCUUUCUCUCUUUU